GGCGACAGCGUGCGCCGCUGAGUUUUAAAUAGCUUGCCUUUUUUUUUCGCGAAGGUAUCAGUGACGCAUUUCCGCAAAUCCGGGUUGGGAUCGACGAUUUUAGGGUGGGGGAAAAAAAUGUGGUCAGAUUAUUCGGGCUAACCCACAGCGGCUGCUUGCGAAGUAUCACUGGGCAGAGUUUGAAACAAAGUAACCGAGCGGCUGCAGCCUUGUUACAUUGUGAGCAGCGGGGACAGCCACCCACGGCAUCGGACUUCAGUGUGGGAUCCUUCCGGGGACGGGCACGGACAGGGGCAGGGGGAGGCAGCCCAGCUCGGAGGGGCUGUUUUAGGUCCUCAGGAAGCCAGAAGAUCGCCGCGUUUGACGCUUUCGCGGUCAAGCCGGCCGUGCCUCGCCAAGGGGGAAGGCGGAACUGAAUUGGUAAACUAGAAACAGGGACACAUCGGCACCUUGAGGAAAGACCCAGCUCCCAGAGCAGUGAAAAAAGACACACGUGUUUGUGUGUGUGAGAGAGAGAGAGAGAGAGAGAGACAGAAUCCAGCCCCUUCGCCCUCCGGCCAACCAUGCCCAAGAAGAAGCCGGGACCAAUACAGCUGCACCCGAGUCCCGAGGGAUCGGCUUUGAACGGGACCACUUCCGCAGAGACAAACUUGGAAGCUUUGCAGAAAAAGUUAGAGGAGCUCGAGUUGGAUGAACAACAGCGCAAACGGCUGGAGGCGUUUCUGACCCAGAAACAGAAGGUUGGAGAGCUGAAAGAUGACGACUUUGAGAAGAUAUCGGAACUGGGUGCAGGGAAUGGAGGCGUGGUUUUCAAAGUUUCUCACAAACCAUCUGGUCUCAUUAUGGCCCGAAAGCUCAUUCACCUGGAGAUAAAGCCAGCCAUUCGGAACCAGAUCAUCCGAGAGCUGCAGGUUCUCCACGAGUGCAACUCUCCGUAUAUUGUGGGAUUCUACGGCGCUUUCUACAGCGAUGGAGAGAUAAGCAUCUGCAUGGAACACAUGGAUGGUGGAUCAUUGGAUCAGGUACUCAAAAAAGCAGGAAGAAUUACAGAGCAAGUCCUGGGAAAAGUGAGCAUAGCUGUUAACAAGGGACUGGCGUACCUGCGGGAGAAACACAAGAUCAUGCACCGAGAUGUCAAACCUUCGAACAUUUUGGUGAAUUCCCGCGGUGAAAUCAAACUUUGUGAUUUUGGGGUUAGUGGACAGCUGAUCGACUCCAUGGCUAACUCAUUCGUUGGGACAAGGUCUUAUAUGUCACCUGAAAGACUCCAGGGGACGCAUUAUUCUGUUCAGUCCGAUAUCUGGAGUAUGGGCCUCUCUCUGGUAGAGAUGGCGAUUGGCAGGUAUCCAAUUCCCCCACCUGAUGCUAAUGAACUCGAACAAAUCUUUGGCUGUCGCAUGGGAGAAGACUCAACAUCCUCAGAGCCAAACCCUCCAGCUCCUGCACGUCCAGGGAGUUCUUUUGGUGUGGAUUGUCGACCCCCAAUGGCGAUAUUUGAACUGUUGGAUUACAUUGUGAAUGAGCCACCUCCUAAAUUGCCAACUGGAGUAUUCAGUGAAGAAUUCCAGGACUUUGUGAAGAAAUGCUUGAUAAAGAAUCCUGCGGAGAGAGCAGACUUGAAACAGCUUAUGGCUCAUUCUUUCAUCAAGCGAUCGGAGGCCGAAGAGGUGGAUUUUGCAGGUUGGCUGUGCACAACUAUUGGCCUGAAGCAGCCAAGCACACCAACACACACUCCUGCUGUGUAGUCACCCACGCUGCCAAAGCUGUGUUCUUUGUGCAGCAAACUGAUGGAUGUUUCUGCUAACAUUACCUCAUCAAUAUCCCUCUGUCCCAUAAAUAAUUCUAAAGACAUAUAUUUAAAAAAUGUAUUUUCAUUUUUAAAGGAAGGAUGUCUGUUAAAAAAUACUUGCCAAGAUUUAACUGCCCCUCUUAAACAUUUGAUCCUGUCGAUGGGAAUUAGUAUUGAGUUUUGAGUGGGGCUCAGCUUAGGCACUGAAGGUGCAUUUCAUUCUUUGACCAUAAUAAACCAUUCUACUGCCCAAUUUAGUUCUAAUGAUGGAGACAUCCCAUUAUGCUCAGUCAUCACCUAUUCUUUUAAAGGAGAAAGGCAUCCCACCCUCCCUUAGAUGGCAGUGAUACGACACUGAAUACCUAUUAAAUAUACACUGCAUUGUAAGUGGGAAACUAACAGAUUAAAAUUAUUUUCCCUGAUUUCUACUGCAUCCCUCAUUCCAUCAGAGGAAAAAGACCAUUUAUGUGCUCACUAUUAUUCCUCUACAGCCAAGGGGUAGAUGCAGCUUGGAUAAUUACUCUUUUUCUACCAAUCAUUUGGUCCUGAGCAAUCAGACUGAGAUUAGGAACUUGUUCCAGACUGCCAGCAGGAAUUCCUUGGGACCUGCAGGGAUGCUGUAAGCGCAGCUGGGGGCAAGAAGAAUAAUUUACAGGCCCAGUUCACCUAAAUCCCAUGGAGAAAUUCCGGACCUUACCUUGCAGUAAGUAAUCCCAGAGAUAAUUAGUGAACAUUCAUUUAACUGUUAUGAAAUCAAGGGAAGAUAGUAAAGGAGGGUUAAAGUAGUGUGAUGCCUUCAAGUUAAAAUGUAAUUUAUAAUUUAGUAAAUUGCACACUGGUUGAAUGACAGAUUUAGAUGAAGCAAGCCUGUGUGUUAAGUGUCCAGUUAUUGCAGUGUGGAGACCCCGCAAGAUUCAAGCCCAGCUAUCAGCAUAAUCCAAGGAGAAUCAAAUGAAAUAGCAACAAAGGUUGUGGAAUUUUAAACAAGUGAGUUACACUCUCAAUGUUACUCUUGACUAUAUGGUUUGACAAAAGCAAUCCCUGCCUACAGCUGGCAAUUGUGUUUCCACUGAUUGCUCCAAUUCAUCAGUGUGCAGGCAACUGUGGUCACAUCAAUCCAAUGUGUGGGCAUCACUGGCAAGACCAGCAUUUGUUGUCCAUCUCUAAUUGCCCUUGAAAGCAGUUAAGAGUCAGAAUCACAUGUAGGCCAGACCAGAUUUCAUUCCUUAAAGGACUUUAGUGAACCAGAUGGGUUUUUACAACAAUUUGUUUCAUAGUCACCAUUACUGAACUAGUUUUCAAUUGAAUUUAAAUUCCAAUAGCUGCUGCAGUGCAAUUUGAACCCAUGUUCCCACAGCAUGAGUUUGCGCUUCUGGAUUACUAAUUCAGUGGUUACCACUACACCACCAUCUACAGGAGAACAAAUGUGUGUGCCUCCAACUGACUAUUGAUCACAGGUCUUAUAAAUACCAAGAGCAGCACAAAGCAAAAUAUAAAAUACUGCAGAUGCUGGAAAUACUCAGCAAUUUAGGUAGCAUCAGUAGAGAAACAGUUAACAUUUCAGAUGUGACCCUUCAUCGUACUAGAAAGAUUUUUCAUGUUAAGCAAAUAGAGGCAGGGAGAAACAAAGGGAAGGUCUGCAAUAGGCGAAUAAAUAACAAAAUGGGAUAAUGAGGCAAGGCAAAAAUGUGGUGGUAAUAGAACAAGAAAUAAAAAAUGGGUUUAGAGGAGCUAUAAAUGACAACAGGUGUUACUAAGACCCACUGUGGAAAAAAAAUUGGGAGAAGUGUUUUAUGAUCUGAAGUUGUUGAACACAAUGUUGAGUCAGAAAGGCUGUAAAUUGCAUAACUGAAAAACUAAGUGCUAUUCCUUGAGCUUCAUUGGAGGCAGAGGUUAGUGUGGGAGUGGAGCUAGGAAUUAAAAUGACAAAUGAUUGGAUGCUCAGGGACAUAUUUGUAGACUCUAGAGAUCAAUUUAAAAAAACACAGGAACAGUACAAGUUAGUUGAAAAAUGGAGUAGCUCAUCUCUUGGCAAUGCCACUCUGCAUGCUGGAGAUUGCCUGUUCCAGUCACUGGUUAUACUGCCAGUAAUUUACAUUUGGGCUUUUGCUAACAAUAUUGAACAAGCUGGAUUGUCACUUCAUCUUAGUUCAAUCUGAUUGCAACUCUAGUGGAAACUCUCCAUGUUUAAUUACUAGAUUGUUAGUGGUAUAUUUUGUACCACCAUCCAUAAUGCCAGACCUGAAGUGGCAAAUGUUGAAACCUGGAAUGCUCCUUUUGAGUGGAUUAUAAAGCAGAAGCAUACCACUGUGACAGAACAGUGCACAAAUUAACAUUUGCAGUUUCUAGCACUCAAGCAUCCCUGACUGUUUAAUUGCACCAGAUUUUAGAUAGAGGAGCUAGUAGUACAUCUCUCAUACCCUUCCUGUCUCUAGUCUCACAGAUGAGUAUAAAAGUUUUCAGGUAGGAAGUUGUUACUGACUUCAACUAGCAAUGUGCAAUUACUCUUCUCAAAAUAAUUGUACAAAGUACUAAACACAAUACUGCAUUAUCCAUCUCCUUUGCUCAACCCAAGGAGAUCCUAGAAGAUAGUUUCCAUCUACUCAAAUAAAUCACCAAAUAGAUGAGAACUGUGCAUUGGGAAUUUAAUUCACUAUGUUCACUUAAAGAAAUUAACAUCCAAAUAGCAGGAACAGAACCUUACUAUAUCAGUCAAUAAAACUGCAGAAAGGGUACCUAAACUCAGAAGGAAAUAAUGAUGUAAACUCUUGUCCUGUCUCAUCAUUAUGGUACUGUUAUGGAGAAUUGCAAUAAGACUCCAUAAUUGAUGUUUCUAUUCGCUAGUUAAAAUCAAUUUUUGUUCGAAACCACUGAUCUCAUUAGCAGAAUGUAUAAGUCAAGGUAGAACACAGCAGAGAGAGAUCCAAAGUCAUUAACCCAGCAUGGAGUUAGCUUUUAUUUGCCAGAAGCCAAUUAUUAAAGCCAAGGAAUUCCAAACCUUUUACCCUAGCUAUUAUUUCAGCUUAUUCUCCACAUCUUCAGGGAGGUACCAAUGAAACAACGUGCAGGGUAGAAAUGCAUCAAUUGUUCUUGACCUCUACUGGGAAGGAAGCAUGGAUCCAUUUGUACUUCACCUUAGAUAUUCCCUUUGUGGUUCUCAACCACCUUUGGUUGAAUAAUCCUGUUUAUAACAAGCCCACUUAUUUUUGCAGAUCCUUGUUUGAGGACCUGUUUGUGUUCUUUCAUGAUGGUUUUUGGCCUUCACCUGGGUUUCCUAUGGUGCAGCCCACCCACUGUUGAAGCUCAGUCAUCCUUUCUGCCCCCUCCAUCCAUACAAUAUGAAAUAGUUAAGCAAAAGUUCAACUUUGAAGAUACCUAUCCAUGAAAUUGUGGAGACCAAACUGGAACAAGAGAUGUGCAGUACACUAAAAUCAGACAAUCUUUCUUUAGACCAAAUACAACCUGUGUAAGAAAAUAUUGUUGAAUGCUAGAAGUGUGUAUAAUGUGUAAAAGUGUGUAAUUCAGAAUCCCCUUCAACCUGUGUUCCUGCUAAAGUUUUCACCAUAAUCGGAUGUUGCAAUAAAUGACCAUAAUGUGAUCUUAAA